CUCCACCCAUUUUUUUGCAUGUAUGAGGAAGAAGUCCCUGUCUCAACUCUCAGUUAGCAAGAGGAGACGACGCCUCACAAUGCAAUCACAAAACCUGCAGUAUUUUCUAAACCAAGGGCCUUUCUUCCCACUGCUGGCUGUUAUUUUGACUAUGAUGUGGCACUUUCCCAUCACAGAAAGUGCUGCUUCAAGUCAGCUCAGAGGGGAGGUUGGUGGCAAUGUGACCUUUCAUUGCCCUGUUGAUAAACAAAGGAAAUUAGUAUUUUUGUACUUUCAGAGGGGCGAUGUAUUUGUGAAUGGCUACCACGCAUCAAAAGAAAUAUCAGAAACAUGGGAGAACACCAGAAUGGAUCACGAUUACACUAUGCACAUGUACCAUUUGAACAUCUCCUACAGUGGCGAUUAUCAGUGUCAUAUCCUAUACAAAGACGGACAGAUGCUUCGUAAUCACACACUCUUCUACCUCAGUGUCACAGCAAACUACAGUGAACCUGCACACACAGUGAACUGUGCUGAUGAAAACCGUCACAUCAGUUGCUGGGUGAUAUGUGCCUCACAUGGUGGCUACCCGGGGACCAAGGUGACUUGGGACAUACCAGAGAGCGUGAUGUCGAGUGAAGUGAACAACACUCAAAUGCCUGAUCCAAUCACCAUGAUGGUCAAUAGCUCCAGCACCAUUUACGUCAACUGCACUAAUGGCGAGCAGACGUCCCUCAGCUGCUCUGUGGGUGGCGUCACCUCAAAGACGUUCAAUGUCUGUACCCCCCAGGAUCCAACUGAAACUUUCAGUCCCAGCGUGAUAACAGCAGCCGUCUGUGCCGUGGUGUUUGUCAUCAUUAUUGUGGUGCUGUGGCUGAAAUGCAAGAAAGGCCAGAGAGCUUUUAUGUUGGUUUCCAGGAACAGCAGCAGUAGAUGUGAAGCCAAUAAAUGGACAUGAGGAGUAAGUGGGUUUUUAUAUAUAAAUGGCUUCAUUUCAAAAGGCUGCAUUACAUGCAUUACAUUCAUAAGUAAUGUAAAAUUAGUUAAUAAAGAGUUCCUUGAGGCACAACUACAGUGAACAAAUGUACCAAUUCAUGAAGUCCCAGUUGCCUUACAUUACUCGCUUUAACUUGAGCAUCAUCUUGUAACCACUGACCUUAUCCCUCCUUUUUCCUUUCUUUUCUCUCUAUUUUUUCAUGGUCUCCAGGGAGUUAACAGGCCUCAAUGAAACGACUGAAGGGAAAGACACACCUUGAGUGCUGAAUUGGAAAAGUGGAUGUCACAAUUCUGAAAUUAAAACUGAAUGUCACUCAAGUGUACAAUACACUUGUGACUGACUGGCUGCAUUGAAGUGUGGGCCAGUAAAGACAGUGACCACAUGCUGUCAACAUUUCACUGACACAUGUGACAUUUAAGUGUUUGAGGAAGUAUUCCUCAUCAGUAUCCCUUUACGGGUGAAGUACAGUGCGUCAUUCAACCGAGAAAAGCUUACUUCUCAAAAAAAGGACUUUUCCAGCGAUUUGCAGUGAGAUACUGUUGUAUACUGGAAAACAGUUUUUUGGGAGGGGGCACACUUCCCAGCAAUGUGAGCUCUAAAAUCAAAAGCACAAAAAAAUGUUUUUAAAGUUUGAUGAAACAUAGAUUUUAUUUUUAUAAGAUGUCCACAGGAAGGAGUGGGAUUUCACUUACUUGAGUGAUCGUAAUGUACUGUAGUUCCCUAAUUUUUUCAGGGUUUUACUUUUUAGGUUACUGUAGUUUUAGGCUCUAAUUAGUGUUUUCUAUCACAAAUGACCAGUAACCGAAACUGUGAAAAAGAUAUAUUAAUGCAGGAAAGCUCAGUCAGAGUACAUACAUUUGUUAUCUGCAGUGUGGUAUGCAAGUUUCCACAAUCAAUUCCAGUAUUGUAGAAUUACCCUGUAAUGUGCAAUUCAAUUAAUUAUUUAAUACAAAGGGAAGGGUGUGUUCUUCAUUAAUUAAAUUGUUGUCACCCUUAUUAAUAAUAUUUUCACAGCAGUGACAUUUUUUGUCUCAGGUGACGAUUCUGUUAUAAAAUGUCUGAAAUGUCUAUUUUUGUUACAUAUUUAUUUCAUUUUUUCCCUCAAUAUAAAAUAAAUAUAAUUUACCCUGUUUACACUGCUUUGGGUAAUUUUGGAUAUUAUUUCCCCUACCUCAUACUUACCAAACAAUCCCAAAGGGCUGCUUUCAUUUCCUAAAUCUGUAUAAAACCAUCCUCAUUAAUAGCCACUAUUACUUUGUCUUGUGUGACAUUUCUGAUAACUCCACUAUCUUGUUCUGUAUAUAAUUUUUACUCUUUGAAACUAAAAGGUUAAACCAAUUAAACAUGUGUAAUUUAAAUUUAUAGUGUUGUGGGAAUAAUGUCUAUUAAUAUUUUUUGUUAUAAAAAAGGCUAAAAGGCUAAAAAUAAAGCUUUACUCCACCUUU